AUGAGUGAAACAGGUGCUGCUAUAGGGCGCGAAAUCAAAGAGAAUAUUGAUGAACUUAUAGAUUUAAGUAUCUUGCCUAUUGGUUGUUCACUAGCGGAAUAUCGAUGUUUACUAAUGGAUGAAAGUAAUGAUGAACGAGUUAUUUCGCCAUUGGAUACAAACAGAAUUGGUCAAAUUUAUCUUGCAGGUGGUGGUCUUUUCCAAUGUUACUAUAACAAUCCAGAGUUGACCAGUCGGACCCGGAUAAUAAUCAAUAAUGAAGAAUUUUUCAAAACAGGUGAUCUUGCUUGGAUAAAGAAAAACAUUUUUCAUACAUCAUUACCAACAGUUGUCAAUAUCUCAAAUGAUGAUUCACCUAAAGAUGAAACUGACCGUUUUCUUAAUGAACGUGGUUCAUCAAAUAUUUUAUUCGAUCUACCAGAUUCAUAUAAUCUUGAAGAAAGAGAUGAAAAUGAAUUACCAUUUCCAGGUUUUGUUGAAAAAGCUUUCUAUUGCCUUCGACAAACAACACCACCACGUUAUCAAUGUUUAAAACUUAUAACAUGGCCAUGGUUUGAACGUAUAAGUAUGCUUGUUAUUUUGCUUAAUUGUAUUACACUUGGUAUGCAUCAACCAUGUGCACAUCAUACCGGUAUAGAUUCAUUGAAAAAAUGCGAUACAGCACUUUGUAUUUGGCUACAAGCAACAGAUCAUUUUGUUUUUGCAUUUUUUACAAUUGAAAUGUGUAUUAAAAUGACAGCGAUGGGAAUAUUUGGUAAAGGAACUUAUCUUGCUGAAUCAUGGAAUCGACUUGAUUGUUUUAUUGUUCUUACCGGAGUAGUGGAAUUGUUGAUACCAGGUGAUAGUUUAAGUCUAUCAGCUAUUCGUACAGUUCGAGUACUUCGUCCAUUACGUGCUAUUAAUCGUAUACCGUCGAUGCGUAUUCUUGUUAUGCUUCUACUCGAUACAUUACCUAUGCUUGGCAAUGUAUUUCUUCUCUGUUUUUUUACCUUUUUUAUCUUUGGUAUUAUUGGUGUACAAUUAUGGAAAGGAUUAUUACGUAAUCGUUGUUUUUUACAACUGAAUACUACAAUUAUAGAUAAUUAUACAUUGUUCGAUGAUUUUCCUUCCCAAUCUUUUUAUAUUCCUCCUGAUCAAGAUUCAUUUAUUUGUUCUAAUCUAUCAUCAAGUGGAAUGACAAAAUGUUCAGAAAUUCCACAAUAUCGUCGAGAUAAUAUGACAUGUGAACUUGAUUUUCAUUCAUUGAAUUUCUCAUUAACAAAUAAAGCAAUAAAUGGAUGUAUUAAUUGGAAUCAAUAUUAUCAAUUAUGUGCUAUUUCUGAUCAAAAUCCAUUUUCUGGAUCGAUUAGUUUCGAUAAUAUUAUUCUAGCAUCGCUUGCUAUUUUUCAGAUAAUUACUUUUGAAAAUUGGGUUAGUAUAAUGUAUUAUAUACAAGAUGCACAUUCAUUUUGGAAUUGGAUGUAUUUUGUAUGUCUUAUUGUUAUUGGUUCAUUUUUUAUGAUGAAUCUUUGUCUUGUUGUUAUUUCUGCACAAUUUGGUGUAACAAAAAAACGUGAAACAGAACGAAUGUUAGCUGAACAAAGACGUUUUUCACUCUCAACAACUAGUAUAACAAUUAAUCAACAAGGUUCUUGUUGGGAAGAAAUAAUUAAAUAUUUUCAACGAUUAUUGAAACGUGCAUAUAAACGAUUUAGAAUAUUCUGGAAAAAUCACCGACAAAAACAUGGUAAAGUUAAUCAAAAACAUCAUCGAAAAGUAACAAGAACAAAAAAGGUAUUAACACCAAAUGCAUUAUCUUCAUCUAAUGUCAAUAUGGUUUCGUCAACUCCACUGAUUAAUCAAAACCAUCGACCAAAUUGUCGAUAUCAUCAAUCUCAAUCAUUAUUAGUACCAACACCAUUAUCAAAAUCGAUUGAUCGUGGCACUGAUACCUGUGACAUUCAUCCAGACGUAAUUGCUCCAAUAUCAGCAAAUAAUAAUUCAUUUAUUGAAAAAAAUCGACAAAAAAAUGAACAUCUUGCAUUUGAACGACAAGAACAACAAAUAGAAAGAAAUGAUACAUGUGAUUGUUAUUAUCAAGAUGAAAUUGUUAAUAUAUCUGACAAUAAUCGAGAAGAAGAAGAAGAAGAAGAAGAAAAAUCAAAAUGUCGUCAAAGAUGUAAAAUUUGUUGUUGUCCAUGUUUUACAACAAUACAUAAAUUAAUUUCACGUUUUGUUGCUAGUAAAUAUUUUGAUCGCAUUAUUUUCUCAGCUAUUAUUAUAAAUACACUUUCAAUGGCUAUUGAAUAUCAUGGACAAUCACAAUCAUUAACAAAUGUAUUAGAAUAUAGCAAUUAUGUUUUUGUAAUAUUAUUUAUACUUGAAAUGUUAUUUAAAAUAAUUGCUGAAGGUUGUUUAAACUAUAUUAAAAACCCAUUCAAUGUAUUUGAUGGUGGAAUUAUUGUAAUUAGUCUUAUUGAAUUAUAUGGAACAAAAACUAGUGGAUUAUCUGUUUUACGUACAUUUAGAUUAUUACGUGUACUUAAACUUGUCCGAUUUAUGCCAACAUUAAGACGACAAUUGGUUGUCUUGCUUAAAACAUUGGACAGCGUUGCAGCAUUUUUAUUAUUAUUACUUCUUUUCGUAUUCAUUUUCAGUAUUCUUGGUAUGCAUUUAUUCGGUGGUGAAUUUUGCACGCUUGAAGCAUUCAAUAGAACAUUACGUGAACAAAUUGAUAUGAAAUGUCGUUGUUGUGCAUGUGCUGAGUGGAAUUUAUUAAAAAACUCUACUGAUCUCAAAGAUUUAACAUGUAUACAAGAUAGAGCAAACUUUGAUUCAUUUCGUUUUGCAUUAUUAACCGUAUUUCAGAUACUAACACAAGAAGAUUGGAAUGAAGUACUUUAUAAUGGAAUGAAAAAGACAAGUCCAUGGUCAGCAUUAUAUUUUAUUGCACUUAUGAUAUUUGGGAAUUAUAUAUUAUUGAAUUUACUGGUUGCUAUUGUUGUUGAAAGUUAUUCAAAUGCAAAAGAAGAUGGUACGCCAAACAAUAAUAAUAAUAGUACAGAUAGAUUGGACAAAGCAGAUCCAUUUACAACACAAGCAAUUAUCACAGGUAGUAUUGAAAUACCUGAGAAUCUCAAUGAACCGAAAAAUAUUAAACUCAGUAAUGAUGAUAAGAAAAAUGAUCGACGACCAGAUACGUUAGCUGGUACUGUACAUCGUACAAAUUCUGAUCCAUCAUUUCCAUCAUCAUCAUCAUCAUCAACACGAUAUUUUAUUGUUCACGAAGGGAAUUUAAUUGAACAAAAAUCGAAUAAUAUAACAAAUACAUGUUUAAAUUCAACUGUUAAACGUCGAUCAACAAUUGAUAAUUCAUCAAAUUCAUUUAAUCAAAAUGUAUUGACAAAUAUUAAUCAAACACCAAGAAGACAAGAACAAAAUGAUAGACAUACAGAAUCUAAUACUAGUAGUACUAUACAAACUACUGUUGGUACUCAACUACCAGUAAACGAUCAAAAUAAUAUACAAUUAGAUGUGUCAGCUGAAGAUGACACACAACUGGAAUUAACAACUCAAAAAUCAGGAGUCAUUCAAUCAUGUUUAACUCGAUUUUGUGGACAACGAAUAUUUAAAUGUUUAAAGAAACGUGAAAACUAUUCACUUUAUCUUUUUUCACCUUCUAAUAGACUACGUAAAGUAUUUCAACGAUUAAUUGUACACAAAUCAUUUGAUUAUUUAAUUCUUUUCUUUAUUAUUCUUAAUUGUAUUACAUUCGCUAUGGAACGUCCAUCGAUUUCUCCUAUAAGUUUUGAACGACAAUUUUUGAACUACAGUAAUUAUAUAUUUACAGCUAUUUUUACUAUUGAAAUGAUAAUUAAAGUAAUUGCAAAUGGACUUAUUUUUGGAUCUAAUACAUAUUUGCAUACCGGCUGGAAUGUUAUGGAUGGCUUUCUUGUAAUUAUUUCACUUGUUGACCUUGGUACAAUGCAUCGACGUAGUAUCACAUCACCUACAGAGUCGGAUACAACAUCACAUAUUCUGGGCAUGUUAAGAGUCUUUCGUUUAUUACGAACUUUACGAGCACUCACAGUUAUUCAUCGAGCACCCGGUCUUAAACUUGUCGCACAAGCUUUACUUGCAUCAUUGAAACAAAUCGGUCAUAUUGUUAUUAUUUGUUGUGUAGUCUUUGUCAUUUUUGGCAUUCUUGGUGUUCAACUCUUCAAAGGUAAAUUCUACUAUUGUGAAGGUCCUCUCGCUCGUAACGUAACAACAAGACAACAAUGUGAAGCUAUGUCCGAUCAUCAAUGGCAAAAUCAACAAUACAAUUUUGAUCAUUUGGGUCAAGCUCUGCUGACACUAUUUAUUCUUUCAUCAAAGGAUGGUUGGGUACAAAUAAUGUAUAAUGGUAUUGAUGCAGUCGAUGUUGAUAUGCAACCAAUAAGGAAUUAUAAUGAAGCAAAAUUAAUUUAUUUUAUAUCAUUUAUUUUAAGUGUCAGUUUUUUCGUUCUUAAUAUGUUUGUUGGUGUUGUUAUUGAAAAUUUUCAUAAUUGUCGAGCUCAACAAGAACUUGACGAAGAAGUUCAAAAUAAAGCCAAACGUGCAAAAAAACUUGAACGUAAACAACGUCUUAUGCGUGAAUUACCAUAUUAUGCACAUUAUUCAUCAUGGCGUAAACGUUUACAUGAUCUAUGUAUUAAUAAAUAUUUUGAUUUAAUAAUUGCUGCUAUUAUUGGUAUUAAUGUUCUUACAAUGUCACUUGAAUUUUAUCCUAUGCCAUCUAAUUUGGAUAAGUUUCUUGAAUAUUGUAAUUAUGUAUUUACGGUUAUAUUCUUACUUGAAUUUAUAUGGAAAAUUAUUGCACUUGGACCAUCACGUUAUUUUAAAGAGAAAUGGAAUCAGUUGGAUUCAAUUAUUGUACUUUUUUCAAUAGUUGAUCUUAUAAUGGCAAAAAUGUUAACUGGACAUAUUCUUUCAAUAAAUCCUACACUUAUUCGUGUGAUCAGAGUAUUAAGAAUUGCACGAGUACUCAAACUACUGAAAAUGGCCAAAGGUAUUCAAGCUUUAUUAGAUACUGUUGUUCAAGCUCUUCCACAAGUUGGAAAUUUGGGUCUUCUAUUUCUUCUUCUUUUCUUUAUCUUUGCUACACUUGGUGUUGAAUUAUUUGGAAAAUUAGAAUGUAGUGAAGAACAACCAUGUAGUGGUCUCAGUAAACAUGCACAUUUUAAAAAUUUUGGUAUAGCUCUUCUUACAUUAUUUCGUGUUGCAACAGGUGAUAAUUGGAAUGGUAUCAUGAAAGAUACUUUACGUCCAGACAAUUCACCUCAUGGUAGCAAAAAUCAUUUUAUGACAAUAAUUUCACCUAUUUAUUUUAUUGUGUUCGUUCUUGCUGCUCAAUUUGUACUUGUCAAUGUUGUUGUCGCUGUACUCAUGAAAAACCUUGAAGAUUCGAAUAAGAUGAUAGCUGAUGAUGUUGAAAUGAAUGAAGAAAUUGAACGACAACUUGAACUUGAUGUAUAUGAUGAAAAUUAUGUUGAACAAUCAUUAAUAGACGUGAACGGACGUCAUGUAAAAGAAAAAGUAACAUUUACAAAAUUAUAA